AUGCUCAGCUUCGUGGAUGAGGAAGAAGCCGAAGAAGCAGCGGCCUCACCGUCGCUGCUUCUUCAGCCUCACAUGCAGCAACAGCCGCAGAGACGCCGUCUUCUCCUUGCUCCUGGAAACGGGGAUGCCAGCAGCAGCAGCAGCAGCAGCAGCAAUGACGCUACAGCAGCGGCUCCCGUGUUUCGGCCAUCACGGAGCGCCAAGCAGCAGCAGCAACAGCAGCAACAACCGCAGAUUGGUCCUUGCGCGAGGCCUGCCAUGACUCACAAGGAUUUUCUCAGACUGCGUGCCGUGGAGUUGGCAGCAGCAGAGGCAGACACUGAGGGAGCAGCAGAAGCUACAGCAGCAAAAGCGCCUGGAGGUGCCCCCAAACGCCGGCGUCGCACCGGCUGGAGCGUUGUGGAGGAGGAAGAGGACUCUCAGAAGCUUCCUUCUGGGGGCCCCUCGGGGGGCCCCUCUGGGGGCCCCUCCGGCUCUGGUUGGGGGCCACCCAUAGACCCCAGGGUGCGGGAGGAGCGCGUGAAGGCUAUUGAGCUGGCUGUCGAGAGGGACAAAAAGAAGAUAAGCGGGGGCUUCAAAGGCAUGACAGAAGAGGAAAAAGCAGAGACUGCUUUGCAGCGAAUGUGGUACGACAGAGAUGACUCCUCGGGCUUGCAGCUGGGGGAUUACGAAGACGAAGAUCCCCGCAAUGCCGCGCGCGAAGAAAAGCUGAAACGGCUGAAGGGAGGUGCCCCCAGAGGGGCCCCUAGCCGCUCGCUAGCUGAGCAGCAGAGGCAUAGAGAUAAUGAACUCUGGGAAAAUCUCCUCAUGCACAGGGGAGGGGCAGGGGGCCCCAAGGAAGUUGCGUUUGACGGCGAAGACGAAGAGGAGACAGAAAAGGAACAUGUCGUCUGCAGAAACAUUACGCCUCCCUUCCUCAAAGGCUUCAAACCCUCCGAGAAACCCCUCACGGUUGUUAAAGACAUCACCAGCGACAUGGCCAUGCUCGCCCGAAAGGGCAGCGCGGUCUUGCGCCACACAAAAGAUGCGGAGGAUCGCGCAGCUGUUCGCCAACGAUUUUGGGAAGUUGCAGGAUCGACACUCGGCAGUUUGCUGCAGGGUGCGGAGGGGCGUGAAGCAGCAGCAGCAGCUGCUGCCGCGACAUCAGAAGCGGAGGCAGCCGCAGGGGCAAGCCGCUCUAAAGAGGGAUACGCGGCUGCUCUGAAGGGCAGUAAGCAAGCUUGUGUGUCAGAGUUUAGUCGUACCAAGACGAAGCAAGAGCAGAGAGAAGCCCUCCCAGUGUUUCAAGUGCGACAGGCCUUCCUCGAUGUAUGUAGGGAGCACAGGAUCGUGGUAGUGGUGGGGGAAACGGGCAGCGGCAAGACGACGCAAUUGACGCAAUAUCUUCUGGAAGAUGGAUAUGCUCGUGCCCCUGCGGAGGCGGCAAAAGCAGCAACCUUGACAGCCUCAGUGCACCCUUCCUCGAUCGCAGAAGCGGCAACAGCAGCAGCUUUAGCCGGCGUUUCUUCUGUGGGUAUUAUUGGCUGCACACAACCGCGGCGUGUCGCCGCGGUGUCUGUUGCGAAGCGUGUGGCCGAUGAGAUGGGAGUGGAACUGGGAAGCAUUGUAGGAUAUUCCAUUCGCUUCGAGGACUGCACUUCGGCGCAGACGGCUAUCAAAUAUAUGACCGAUGGAGUUCUUCUCAGAGAAAGCCUUAACGAUGCUGACCUCGAUAAGUACUCCUGCAUCAUCAUGGAUGAAGCACACGAAAGGUCUCUGAAUACAGAUAUUCUGUUUGGGGUUCUCAAAGGGGUAGUGGCUCGCCGGCAGGAUUUCCGUUUGAUCGUUACCUCGGCUACGAUGGAUUCGGAUCGCUUUUCUGCCUUUUUUGGAGGGGCUGUUGUCUUCAACAUCCCUGGAAGGACGUUUCCCGUGGAGGUGGAGUUUGCUCGGUGUCUGCCAGAUGAUUACGUUGACGCUGCAGUGCAGAAAUGCCUGACGAUACACUGCAGCACGCCUUGCGGCGGGCGAGAUCCAGACGGGAAGGACACUGAGACGUCGGAGGAAACGGGCGAUAUUCUGGUUUUCAUGACUGGUCAGGAUGAUAUUGAGGUGACGUGUCUGCUUCUAGCUUCUCGCUUGGAGCAGUUGGGGAGUCGCGCUCCCCCCCUGACGAUUCUUCCCAUCUACUCGCAGCUUCCUGCAGACUUGCAGGCCAAGAUAUUUGAGCCGUCGGCGUUUCGCAAGGUGAUCGUCGCAACAAACAUUGCCGAGACAUCUUUGACGGUAGACGGAGUCCGAUACGUAGUCGACUGCGGCUUCUGCAAGCUCAAGGUCUUCAACCCGUCCAUAGGGAUGGACUCAUUGCAAGUAACGCCUAUUUCUCAGGCAAAUGCGAAUCAGAGAAAGGGGAGAGCUGGAAGAACCGGGCCAGGAAAGUGCUUCAGGCUUUAUACCGAGACAGCAUUCAUCAGGGAGAUGUUGCCGAACACGGUGCCUGAGGUGCAGCGCACGAACCUCAGCAACGUUGUCUUGCUGCUCAAGAGCAUUGGGGUGGAUGAUCUCCUUGACUUUGACCUUAUAGAUCCUCCCCCUCAGGAUACACUUAUUGACGCAAUGCACCAACUGUGGGUGCUGGGAGCUCUCGACAACCUCGGUGCCCUCACUCCCAUAGGCAGGAAGAUGGCCUCCUUCCCCCUAGAUCCUCCCCUCUCCAAGAUGCUUCUGACGGCUGCCGAGCUAGGGGGAGCGCGAGAGAUCGUCUCCAUCGUCUCGCUGCUCUCUGUUCCAGCCGUUUUCUUUGUCCCCAAGGAAAAACAAGACGAAGCGGAGAGUCUCAAGGAAAAAUUUUUUGUCCCUGAAAGCGACCAUCUUACCCUCCUCAACGUGUAUCAGCAAUGGAAGCGGGCUCAGUACAACGCACAGUGGUGCCUCAAACAUUUCGUUCAGCCCAAGGCAAUGGUGAAAGCUCGCGAAGUUCGCGAGCAGCUCAUGGACACAAUGCAGCAACAAGGCAUCCCAGACACCUCAUGUGGCACCGAUUGGGAUAUUCUCCGCAAAGCUAUAUGUGCAGGAUACUUUCAUCACGCUGCCAAACUACGGGGCAUCGGCGAAUACGUGAACCUCAGGACUUCCGUUCCUUGCCACGUGCAUCCAACUUCAGCUCUCUACUCCGCUGGUUAUACGCCUGACUAUGUUGUAUACCACGAGUUGCUCCUGACAACGAAAGAAUAUAUGCGAAAUGUGACGGCAGUGGAUGCUCGUUGGCUAGCCGACUUAGGACCAAUGUUUUUCGCACUGCGAAGGAUGGGAGAUGGAGCAGCCAACCUUCUGGCAGAAGACCAGGCAGAUGCAGCGGCGUUCGAGGCGCAAAUGGAGAGGGAUUUGCAACAGCAGCGAAUGCAACAACUGAGCGCAGCAAAGAAGGGACAGCGCACAUUUGUAGAAGCAACAGCAGGGCGGAGGAAAAGGGCAACAGGGCUCUCGUGUGUACCAGUACCUCCCACCUCGUCACUAUCUGAGCUGCCAUCUGUGGCCAUAAGCAAGGGAAUAGAAGAGACUGUAGACGCAGGUAACGACAAGAUGGAGCAGGCGCACGGCGAGAAACACCCGCAAGAAGACAUAGAGGCAGAAGCAGCCCUCCACAAACUGAAGUUGUUGCGGAGAGCUACCGUCCGUCAGCUUCCAAAAGUCAAGAGCGAGCGAGAAGCGAUAAUGCAGCCUUUGGACUCUGGAGGGGCAACAAAAUCGCCAAAGGAUGAAUGA